AUGCCACCUAGUUCAAAUACAAGUAAGGUGAGAAAGCCCCAGAGCAAUACUUUUGAUGGGAAACAUAUAAGUGCUAAGAAAGCAGCAAGUUACCUCCAUUCAGUAAAAGAACAGAACAAUUUACUUUCCAAUGUUACUAGAAUUGUUUCUCCUACGCAAACAAACAGCCCAACAACAAUAACAACAACAACAGUAACUCGUGAUGAGCCGAAUUGGAACAAAAAACAUUUUCGGUUGUUUGUGGGGAACUUGGGUCCCGAUGCAACAGAUGAGUUGCUAAGGAACGCAUUCCAAAAAUAUACUACUUUAAGUAAUGUCCAUGUUCCCAUAGAUUCAAAGUCCAAAAAGCCACGAGGGUUUGGAUUUGUCGCAUUUGCUAGUGCAAAUGACUAUUUACAAGCUUUUAAGGAUAUGAAUGGGAAGUACAUUGGUCAGUAUCCUGUACAAUUGAAAAGAGCUGAAUCUAAUGUGCCAAAGAAACAGAAGAAAAUGAAGCAAUGA